AUGGGAAAUACGCAAGGCACCACUGUGGAUGACCUGCAGGCAGUGGAGCUUCACCACUGGUACAAGAAGUUCAUGAUUGAGUGCCCAUCGGGACAGCUGACUCUGCAUGAGUUCAAACAAUUCUUUGGCCUUAAGGGAUUGAAUCAAGAAGCUAAUGCCUACAUUGAACAGAUGUUUAAGACUUUUGAUAUGAAUAAGGAUGGAUACAUUGACUUCAUGGAGUAUGUGGCUGCCCUUAGCUUAGUCCUCCGAGGUAAAAUGGAACAGAAACUGCGCUGGUACUUCAAACUGUAUGAUGUGGAUGGCAAUGGCCGUAUUGACAGGCAUGAACUGCUCAACAUCAUUAAGGCUAUCCGUGCCAUUAAUGGUUGUGAACAGGAUUUGUCGGCAGAAGAGUUCACAAACCAAGUCUUUGACAAUAUUGAUGUUAAUGGAGAUGGAGAACUUUCUCUUGAAGAGUUUGUUGAAGGAUCCAAGAAAGACAAAGAGUUUUGUGAUGUGAUGAUGAGUAGUCUAGACCUCACUCACAUUGUUACAAUGAUUGAUAAUCGAAGACACAGUGUGUAAAAAGGAAAUGGACAGAACUUCAGACGAACAUUAGUUAUAACCCGAAAACUAUUAACACACACACACACACACACACACACAGUAUCACAGAAUCAUACCUGAGCUUCGUUCUUAGAUAUAAUUGGACUUGGAAUAAAAACUACUUAUUCCAGCAUGGGUAAGAUGAUCAUUCUUCAGUAAUAGAAACCGUUCUGUUAGUCUAAUGCACAGCUUCAAUCUGAAAAGAAGAACCUGAGUACAGCUUGCAUUCUGACACAAGCAUUAUGGAAAGAGCUUCACAAGAUGCCCUGGCUUGGAGCUAUAGGUCUGCUGGCUGACAAUUAUAAGCAGUGACUCCACCUUUGACCAUCCAUAACAAGAUGGCAUGAAAGGGCAUUGUAGAACUGGAGCUCAAUCAGAGCUAUUGAAAUAUUUUUAAUGAUCUUGGAAUGGAUGUAUAUACACCGUAUGUGAAUAAUGCUUCAACCUGACACUGUCCUGCAUGAAUGACCUCUGUUUUGUAAAACUGCUUUCCCCUCAAUGCAUAAAGUGACCAUACAGCAUCACCAACCCUGAAGCUACCUUUGUCCAAUUUCAAGAGUGAGGGGAGGACCCAUUUAUCAGUACGUCACUCAACUACAAACUGUGAUUUAUUUCUGUAAAGUGAAGGAUGUAAUGGACAGGAUUUAUUAUAUUUUAAAAAAACUUUGUGAUUAAAAUAUUUUUAUUAA